GCUAGAGUUACGGUAGGGUGGAAGUCUUCCCGUUUCUCUCCGUCUGGUACACGCGCGCUUGACAGUGUCUCGUGAACCGACAUGACAGGUAGAGAGGGUGUGACUGUGAGAUAGACGGGGAAGGUUGAUAGACAAGAGGAAGAAGAACAACAAGAAAGGAAGAAGUGUAUAGAGAGACGAGAGAAUAAGGAGAAAAAUCUUGAAAUAUAGUGAAGGAAAGAACAAUAACGUAUCAAGUGAAUAUCAAAACUGGUGCAGCUGACAACAACGUUUCUUAAGCCUCAGGAAGCCAACGUUUGUACCCUCAGACUCUCUCUCGAGGCUGUGAUGCCACCAUGGACCACGAUGAUGCCAAGUAUUCUCGUCCACACUCCCACAACCAGAGUACUAGUGGUCCUGUGUCAGCGAGAGGAGACGGGAAGAGACCGCACCAUCAUAAACAAAAGCACGUGGACGGUACCCAGCAGCACCACCAUAAACAAAAGCACGUGGACGGUACCCAGCAGCACCACCAUAAACAAAAGCACGUGGACGGUACCCAACAGCACCACCAUAAACAAAAGCACGUGGACGGUACCCAACAGCACCACCAUAAACAAAAGCACGUGGACGGGUCCCAAUACCAGAAGCACCAACAUAAGCACCAAAUGGACGGCCAGAACCAACAUAAACGCCAUCACGUGGACGGCACCCAUCACCACCACCAUCAUAAACAACAACGUACAGAGAGCCAACAUAAACACAACCACGUGGAGAGAAGCCAACAACAACAACAACACGUGGAAGCAUCCGAUCACCACCAACAACACAAAGAGAGCAGCCAACCACAACAUAAACAACAACACAUGGAGAGCCAACAACAUGAGGAAGAUCAGCUCCAACAGAAACAGCAACACGUAGACGGUAAUCAUCAGAGGACCGCAGCCUUGAGCCGCCAGCAAGCAGAUGUCACGUUUGGCUCACAGAGGGUCGACUUGAAUUCAUCAACUCCUUACUCUGAUGCCACCCAGACGAAGAAACACCCAGUGAACCACAUUAAGAGGCCAAUGAACGCCUUUAUGGUCUGGUCACAGUUAGAGCGGCGUAAGAUAGUCCAGCGACACCCGGACAUGCACAACGCUGAGAUCUCCAAACGUCUCGGGAAGCGCUGGAAGACUCUAUCAUCGGUGGAGCGUCAACCUUAUAUAGACGAAGCGAGACUGAGACUUCUUCAUAUGCAGGAGUACCCAGAUUAUAAGUACCGGCCGCGGAAGAAGGCGCGUCUCCUGCCGUCGUGUGUGUCAGGUCGUAUAGGGUCGCGCACGCCCUCCCCGUCCUCUUCUGGCACCACGCCCCGUCGUAAGCGUCGCCCAGCAGUCAAGCUUUUGUCCUCCACUCGACUUAGGAUCACCGUCUCCACCCCGUCUAGACCCUCCCAGGCCACCCAGAAGAAGAAGAGAGGAGGAGGAGGAGGAGGCAGAGGAAGAGGAGGAGGCAGAGGAAGAGGAGGUAGAGGAAGAGGAGGAAGAGCAGAAGGAGGAGGAGUAGGAGGAGAGUGUGACCGCCAGAACAGCCUCACCAGCAGUAAGAGAGGAGGAAGAGGCUCAAGAGGCAGGAAGAGCACCAGCAGCAGGAGGGGCGGGGGCUACAGGGGGGGACCAUCUAAGGGCUCAAGAGGAGUACCUAAGGGCGCUAAAGGGGGACUCUCUAAGGGCUUCUUCACCCCACCGACGCCACCCUCCCCGGCCUGUCCCUCACCUUCGUCACCAGAGUCCGCCGUCUUCUUCCUAGAUGAUGACGCCCACGCCCACACGCCCACCCACUCGGGAUACAGUAGCGCCCUCCUGGAUUGCUGCUCGGUUCUGGACACGCCCACGCCCUCCCCGGAGCCCGUACACGCCACGCCCACCAGGGAUCCCAGCGACUCUCUGGGGGAGUUCUCCCAUUGAUAUACUGCAGAUGUCUCCAGAGUUUCCAGUAGACUUGGACCUCACCCCGGAGUUGGACCUUGAAUCUUGCUCCUCCUCGACCACCACCUCAGCCUCGGGAUCCCACUUUGAGUUCUCGUGUACUCCUGACGUGGCUGACGCUCUCUGUGACGUAGGGCUGACGGUAUCUGAUUGGCUGGACCCUUCCCUGAACAGCUUGAUCUGUUCUUAAGGAGGUUGAUUACUUGUGCCUCUCAAGCUUGUGUUUACUCCCUUGUGAUUGGCUCCUUUCUCUUGAGGGGAGGAGCCAAUCGUGUUGCUGGUGAGAGAAAGUAGGAAUUAGAAAAAGAACUUCCUGGAAAUUUUUGUGUGGUGAACAUCAUAAAAGAAAGUGAUUAGAAAGGAAGUCUUCAUGAAGGAGAUUAGAAAGCCUCCAUUUUGAGCUUACCCGUCUGUAUGGGAACUUUGUGUUGGCAAUGAUGGAGAAAGCAACAGGACUUUCUCUAUUGGAAAUCCUACAGGAACUCUACUGUAUCUGAUAGGAUAAAGAAAGUGAGUAGAAAUUACUCCUAAGACGCCUUCAAAAAAGGUUUGGUGCCAUUAGAAAGUCUGUAGGACCUCUGAGGGGAUAAACAGAGGAUAUAAGACUCUUUUAUAAGACUUUCUGCCCCUGGAAAUGUUAUUGGAACUUAAAAUGUUUGCCUGGGUGAAGAAAGAU